UGGCUGAGACGCAUCUUCUCGUUCUCGUCCACGGGAUGUGGGGCAACCCCGGACAUCUCGCCGAGCUCGCCAGGAUCGCACGCGAGACCCACGCAGCAGAAGCCACGGACGGCAUGUCGUUAUACGUCCUCGUCGCCGAGACUAUCCGGGAAGAUUCGACAUACGACGGAGCGGAUUGGGGAGGUGAACGGGUUGCGAGCGAGGUCCUGGAGACAGUGAAAACCCUGGAAGCUGAAGGACAACGGGUGACUCGCUUCUCGGUGACGGGAUACAGCCUUGGAGGGCUCAUCGCUCGUUAUUGCAUUGGGGUCCUACAUUCGAAAGGUUUCUUCGACAAAAUUGAGCCGAUAAACUUCAAUACGAUCGCUACUCCUCAUUGUGGUCUCCCAAGAUAUCCUUCAUUCUUCUCCACACUCUCUUCGGCCCUUGGACCCAAGUUACUCUCGCGGACAGGAGAGCAGUUUUAUUGCGUUGAUAAAUGGUCGCCGAAGGGUCGGCCUUUGCUGGUCGUCAUGGCGGAUCCAGGACGUAUAUUCUACCAGGCACUUGCGAAGUUCAAGCACAUCAGAAUUUAUGCCAAUGCGGUCAAUGAUAUCACUGUGCCGUAUGUAACAGCGGCCAUUGAGACCUCAGAUCCCUUCGCUGAGGCUGAUACAAAUGGAAUCGAUAUGAAUCUGAAGGAGAAAUAUAACUGUGUAAUCGAUACUUAUGCCGUACCCGACGUCCCUCCUCCAAAACCGCCGAAACCCGCCGUCCUUACGCGACAAUGGUUCAAGAGCCUCGCACCUACAAGACCCCUCGUCCCGCCCUUCCUUCAAUUCAAAUUUCCGUUUAACGUGCUCCUUUACUCUCUGUUGCCCGUCCUUAUCCCAACAUUCGUCUCGCUUGCUCUUAUGCGGUUCCUGCUCGCGUCUCACCACUCACGGAAGAGAGUCAAAGAACUCGAGCUAGAGGUGCACACGUCUGGCCAACAGAAAUUGCAGCACAUCCUUGCAGAGCUCGAACGGGAGAUGGAGGAGGCUGUAGUGGACUUCAUUGACAAUCCCGACCCCUCGCCAACAUACCAGUCGGAGGACUACAAAAAGGCUCACCCUAUCAUCACCCCGACGCAUCAGCGGAUAGCGUCGUGGCUGAACACUCUGCCCAUCAAGAAAGAAUUGGGUUUCUUCCCCACAGUGGCGAACUCGCAUGGAAUGAUUAUUUGCAGGGAUGUGAAGCGCUUUGAGGUCCACAGGCUCGGAGAGGGUGUCGUUAGGCACUGGGCGGACUCCUUCGUUCUUUAGA